AAUAUGUCAAAUUUCAAAACCAAAUUCAAAAUUAUUUUAAUUAUUUUUAUAUGAAAAAAGUGUGAUAAAUCAUGGGAAUCAAAGAACUUUGGUCUAUUUUAACACCAUAUUGCGAACGUAAACCUUUCUAUGAACUCCGUGGAAAAACUGUCGCAAUCGAUUUAGCCGGUUGGGUGUGUGAGAGUCUGAAUGUUGUUGACUAUUUUGUCCAUCCACGACAACAUCUUAAGAAUCUAUUCUUUCGUACAUGUUACCUUAUAUGGGAAGAUGUCACUCCAGUAUUUGUCUUGGAAGGAACAGCUCCUAAACUCAAAGCCGAUGUAAUGGCAAAGAGAAAUGAAAUACAGUUUCGAGGAGUCAAACCAAAAGAACCAACCCAAACACAAACUGAUGGGGUGGCUCCAGCUGCAAAAGAGAAAAAUAAAGAAAAAGGUCGAACAAGAUUUAACCAUGUCCUGAAGCAAUGCGAGAACUUGUUGAUGGCUAUGGGAAUCACUUGUGUUCAAGGACCUGGAGAAGCCGAAGCAUAUUGUGCUUUUCUAAACAAAAAAGGUUUAGUUGAUGGUGUCAUCAGUCAGGACUCUGAUUGUUUUGCUUAUGGAGCUCUGAAAGUCUACAGAAACUUUUCUGUAUCAACUCAGGGAACUUCUUCGGCUUCUGGGGGAGCUGUGGAUGUUUACGACAUGAAUAAAAUAUGCAAGUAUAUGGACUUUGGACAGAAUAAAAUUAUUGUGAUGGGUCUGCUGUGCGGAUGUGAUUACUGUCCAGAUGGGGUAGGUGGAGUUGGCCGCGAUGGAGUCCUUAAACUCUUCCAAAGAUACUCUAACGAUGUCAUCAUAAGCAGGCUCAAAUCAUGGAAGCAAGAUGAUCACAAAUACACAUCUCUGGAACUAAAAGUUGAUGACAAAAGUAUCUGUUCAAAUUGUGGUCACAUUGGGAAGACAGCCAGCCACACAAAAAGUGGCUGUGGAUCAUGUGGAACCCAUAGAGGAUGUGAUUCCAGUCGUUGGAAAGAAGAACGCCUCUCACUUAAAUCAGAGUUGGCUCUUCGCAAGAAAGCCAUGUUGGAUCCUGGUUUUCCAUCACAAGAAAUAAUCGAUGAGUUCCUUCGAGAACCCGAUUCGAUUCCUAAACUUGAUCUCAGAUGGAAGCAACCGAAUGUGGUCAAGUUUAUCAAACAGAUUGCUAAACUCCUCCAAUGGCAGGAGGUUUAUUGUUUCCAAAAGUUCUUUCCACUUCUUACUCGAUGGCAGGUGCGCUUUAUUAAACAACAGCCUCCUAAUUCUGUAGCUUAUGUAGUCCCUGAGGAAAUUGUAAAGAAGCGAACUGUGAAAGGUGUUCCCAGCCUGGAAGUUCGAUGGAAAGAUCAGAGAGGCUUCUUUCAUGGGCUCAUUCCUGAUAAUCAAUUAGAAAUUUUCGCUACAAAUGAUCCCAAAGGCAUUCAAGAUCUCUGGACAAGUGUGGAACCAUUCAAUCUCAUGGAAGAAUCAUAUCCAGAGUUGGUUAGUGAGUUCCUUGCAUCCAAAGAGAAACCAAAAAAAGUCAAAAAGCCAAGGAAGGUUAAGUCACAGAAUAUUUUGAAAGAGAAAAAUGAUUCAUUGAAUAAUCUUGAUGAUCUUUUGGAAGCAACAAAUGAGGUAGCUAAAUCUUUGAAACCUAAAAAGGCUCCUGCGAAGCCGAAAGCAAAGAAAGGACUUCAAAUGAUUGAUAAGUUUUUUGUUGCCAAAAAUCCAUCACCCUCAACACAAUCAUCGUCAUUCAAACCGGGCGGACAGUGUUCGACUCCAAAGAACAAGCAUAUUCCAUCAGAUAUGGAGAGCGAUGAUGAGGAUGACUUUGAUAUGUCUGGGAUUAUUGAUGGAAUUAUUAAGAACUCUGGCCCACCUAUAACCAAACACAAUGGUCAUUUACUUCAUUAUGAACCAGUUAAAUUGGACCGAAGUGUAGAUGACUUGGAUUUGAUUGUUGAGUCCAAGAACAAGAAGAGAAAUAUUUCAUGGUCAAUUCUUGACAGAACAUCGAAGAAAUUCUCCUUGGAUGAUAGUAUAGAUGUCUUGUUGGGUGGACAGAAGAGUGGACAAUCACCUCUGACACAUGUUGAUAGAUUUUUGAAUAAAAACUUUUCAUUGAACAAAAGAAGUUCAUUGGUUAAACAAGAACAACCCGAUUGCAACACGAGUUACUUCUUUGGUUCGAAUUGUGUUGAUGGUGGUGGAGAAGAUGAAUUCGAAAGAUCAAUGGAUAUUAGUUUUUGUAGGAAAUCAAUAGAAAACGAAGCUGUAGUGAUAAGUAGUGAUAGUUGUUCUGAUUAGGAAAAUUGUUAGUUAUUAAGUUUUAAACAAAAUAAAUUUGUAAAUUUGUAAUAUUUAUGAGCAUGACCUUAAUA